AAUUAAAAGCCUAUAUCUUACGGAAAAUCAAAUAUAAUCUUGACAUACCAUAUGGUGUACGUAUUACGAUCGUCUUGCUGCCUGUCCCGGCUUACAUCCCAUAAUUUCAACUUAUGAAUAUUAAUAACCUACGCUAAUUAGGAAAUCAAAUAGUUGUCGUCUACAAUCAUUCCUUACGCAUGCGUUUCCAAAAGUACCGCUGAGUGAGAGAAUGUGGAUAAUCGUGGGCGCAGUUGGUGUUCUGCCAACUAUUUUUCUCAAACAUCUUUCCAGGAUUGCCUGGGUUAGCUUGCUAGGGGUCGUAGUUCUUAUGGUACCAAUUGGAUUUGUUCUAUGGCACGGGUUUUCGCAUGCAUCUUCAUGGAGAUUUGAAAAUCUAUUGUUUUGGGACAGCCAAGGGUUUUUUGUAGCUUUUGGGAUCAUAGUCUUUAGUUACACAGCUCACCCGGCUCUUCCUCGCCUAGAAGGAUGUAUGAUAUACAAGAAAUCCUUCAGUAAGGUCCUUGGCUUUUCAUUCUUAUUUGUCACUCUUAUUAAAGUUGUCUUCGCGUUGACAUCUUUUUUGAAAUUCGUCGGCUUAACUCAAGAAGUAGUUUUGAAUAAUUUUCCUGUAAACAUUCUUUACCACGUUAUCUGUGUGUUUCUUAGUCUUAAUGUCCUCUGCUCGUAUGCUUUUCCUGUCUCUGUCGUUGAUCAAGUUAUCCAAGAAUCAAUCGCGUCAGAUUCAUGCCUUCACAGAUUACCCAGAAUGCUUUCGUUCUCGUUGACUCGUUUAUUCUUACUGUUCGUUACCUUGGUAACGGCUCUUGUAGUCCCACACUUCGCUCUUCUUCUAGCCUUCUUUGGGAGUAUGAUAGCGUCUUUGUUUUCAUUUGUUUUUCCGUGUUUGUUUCACCUUAAGCUCAAGGGAGCUUCUUUGAGCUGGUGCAUACGUUUUUGCAAUGUUUCUAUUAUACUUCUGGGAAUCUUUUCUGCUGUUUUAGGCACCUUUUUCUCAGGCAAAGCUCUCGUAGAAAUUUACCAAUGAAUAGGUGGACACCAGUAAUAAAAUGCCCCCUUCAACCAAAGACAUCCUCGAUACAAGCUCAUGCUAGGCUAUAGAGUGACUCUAUCUAUACACAAAUAACUUGUUUCAAGAGAAUAUGAACUAAGAGAAGGAAUCCUACCUAUAUAGCCUUGUAACCAUCAUGUGCACAGUUUGAUGCUAUUUUUAGCUUGGAGAUAUUUUGAGUGAAGAACCCGAUUGGUUGAUUUCUUGAGGGUAGACGUCUUCCAGACUUUCAGUAAACAAAGCCUGUGUUUUUGUCAUGGACGUAGCGAAAUAUGGCGCUUUUCGUGUCCUGAAACGAGGCAUUAAAGGGAAGCAUGAUUAUCGCGCGGGUAUGGUAACGAGUUAAAAAUAGCAUCAAAGUGUGCACAUGAUGGGGCAAGGGGAUUCUUCUCUUGCUUGUUUACCAUACAUGCAUACACUACAGGCAGCUGUACAUUUAUUACUUAAAGUGUCUAUUACCGCUAACGAAACGAUAUUUACAGUACUGAUUGUAUUUUAACUCUUAACUCGUCAUAUGACUAAAGCAUUUGAGUUUA